CGUGCCCGGUGCCUGUGCGUUCUGGGAGCGCCGCGCUCAGCCCCGGAGCGUCCACGGGCGGGUCCCCAGCGCGCUGCCCAGGAUGGAACCCGGACCGGUGCCACUGCUGAUGCUGCGGCUGGCGCUCGGGCAAGGCAUUUUGAGCUGUUUGGCAUACAACGUUGGCCUCCCAGAAGCAAAAAUAUUUUCCGGUCCGUCAAGUGAACAGUUUGGCUACGCGGUGCAGCAACUUAUAAAUCCAAAUGGCAACUGGCUCCUGGUUGGGUCACCAUGGAGUGGUUUUCCCGAGAACCGAAUGGGAGACGUGUACAGAUGUCCUAUUGACUUAUCCACUGCCACGUGUGAAAAACUCAACUUGCAAACUUCAACAAGCAUGCCGGGCGUUACUGAGAUCAAAACCAAUAUGAGCCUUGGCCUGACCCUGGCCAGGAACUUGGGAACCGGAGGCUUCCUCACGUGCGGCCCUCUGUGGGCGCAGCAGUGUGGGAAUCAGUACUACGCCACUGGCAUCUGCUCCGACGUCAGCCCCGAUUUCCAGCUGCUAGCCAGCUUUUCACCUGCUGUGCAGACCUGCCCUUCCCUCAUAGAUGUGGUAGUUGUAUGUGAUGAAUCAAACAGUAUUUACCCAUGGGAGGCAGUAAAGAACUUUUUGGAAAAAUUUGUACAAGGCCUGGACAUAGGACCCAAAAAGACUCAGGUGGGGUUAAUUCAAUAUGCCAAUAACCCAAGGGUUGUGUUUCACCUGAACACUUACAAAACCAAGGAUGCGCUGGCCGCAGCAAUGUCCCAGACAUUCCAGCUAGGUGGGGACCUCACGAACACUUUCAGAGCCAUUCAGUAUGCCAGAGACUUCGCUUAUUCCCCAGCUUCCGGGGGACGACCAGGUGCCACCAAGGUCAUGGUAGUUGUAACUGAUGGUGAAUCCCACGAUGGCUCCAGGCUGAAAGCUGUCAUUGAGCAGUGUAAUGACGACGACAUACUGAGGUUUGGCAUAGCAGUCCUUGGGUACUUAAACAGAAACGCUCUGGACACUAAAAAUCUGAUAAAGGAAAUCAAAGCCAUAGCCAGCGUCCCCACAGAAAGGUACUUCUUCAACGUUUCAGACGAAGCAGGUCUGCUGGAGAAAGCGGGGACCAUAGGAGAACACAUUUUCAGCAUCGAAGGCACUAUACAAGGAGGAGACAACUUCCAGAUGGAAAUGGCCCAAGUAGGAUUCAGUGCAGACUACUCGCCUCAAAAUGAUAUUCUGAUGCUGGGGGCCGUGGGAGCUUUCGGCUGGAGUGGGACUGUUGUUCAGGAGACAUCUCGUGGACACACCAUCCUUCCUAAGCAAGCGUUUGAACAAGUUCUGCAAGACAGAAAUCACAGCUCAUAUUUAGGUUAUGCCGUCACUGCGAUUUCGACAGAAAAUGGUGUCCACUUUGUUGCUGGUGCUCCUCGGGCAAAUUACACGGGCCAGAUAGUGCUGUACACUGUGAAUGACCACGGCAACGUCACGGUCACUCAGUCUCACAGGGGGGACCAGAUUGGCUCCUAUUUUGGUAGUGUGCUGUGUUCUGUAGACGUGGACAAAGACACCCUUACAGACGUGCUCUUGGUUGGUGCACCCACGUACAUGAAUGACCUCAAGAAAGAGGAAGGAAGAGUCUACCUGUUUACUAUUGUAAAGGGCGUCCUGAGCCAGCACCAAUUCCUGCAGGGACCCGAAGGCACUGAAAAUGCCCGCUUCGGUUCAGCCAUUGCAGCCCUCUCAGACAUCAACAUGGAUGGCUUUAACGACGUCAUCGUUGGCUCACCGUUAGAAAAUCAGAACUCGGGAGCCGUCUACAUUUACAACGGUCACCAGGGCACCAUUCGCACAAAGUAUUCCCAGAAAAUCUUUGGAUCUGACGGUGCCUUUAGGAGCCGCCUUCAGUUCUUUGGGAGAUCCCUGGAUGGCCAUGGGGAUUUAAAUGGGGACUCCAUCCCAGAUGUGUCCAUUGGUGCUUUGGGACAAGUGGUUCAACUCUGGUCACAGAGCAUUGCUGACGUGGAUGUCAAGGCUUCCUUCAGGCCGGACAAGAUUGCUCUGGUCAACAAGAAUGCUCAGAUCGCCCUGGAGCUCUGCUUGGGGGCACGGUUCAGGCCGACGGGGCGAAACCACAGAGUGGCCAUCAUGUUUAAUAUGACCCUUGAUGCUGAUGGGUACUCCUCCAGAGUAACCUCCAGGGGCGUGUUCAAAGACAACAAUGAAAGGUUUCUGCAGAAGACCGCGGUUCUAAACCAAGCACAGCUGUGUUCCGAGUUCCUCAUUAACAUACAGAAACCUUCUGAUGUGGUCAACCCAUUAGAUGUGCGUGUGGACCUCAGCUUGGAGCACCCCGGGACCAGCCCUGCCCUUGAAGCCUAUUCCGAGACAGUCAAGGUCUUCAGUGUCCCUUUCUAUAAAGAGUGUGGCAGUGAUGGUCUCUGCGUCUCUGAUCUGGUUCUGGAGAUCCAACAGCUGCCAGACGCUCAAAAACAACCUUUUAUUGUCAGCAGCCAAAACAAAAGGUUAACAUUUUCCAUAACGCUGAAAAACAGAGGCGAAAGUGCAUACAACACUGCUAUCAUUGCUGAGUUUUCAGAAAACUUGUUUUUUGCUUCGUUCUCUAUGCCGGUGGAUGGGACAGAAGUCACCUGCCAGGUUGGUUCAUCUCAGACGUCGGUGACCUGUGAUGUGGGGUACCCUGCUCUAAAGAGCCAGCAACAGGUGACUUUUACGAUUAGCUUCGACUUCAAUCUUCAGAACCUUCAAAACCAGGCAGCUGUCGAUUUUCAAGCCCUCAGCGAAAGCCGAGAGUCGAACCAAGAAGAUAACGCGGUCAGGCUCAACAUCCCCCUCUUGUACGAUGCCGACAUGCGGCUGACCAGAUCCACCAACAUGAACUUCUAUGAAGUCACUUCAGAUGAGAAUGUGCCUUCUGUCAUACAGAACUUUGAAGAUAUUGGUCCAAAGUUCAUCUUCUCCCUUAAGGUGACAACAGGGAGUGUCCCAGUCAGCAUGGCAUCUGUGACUGUCCAAAUUCCUCAAUACACCAAGGAAAGAAACCCACUCAUGUACCUGACGGGGAUAAACACAGACCAGACUGGUGACAUCAGCUGUCAAGCAGAAGUAAACCCAUUGGGAAUAGGACAGACAGCUUCCUCGGUGUCUUUCAAGAGGGAACACUUCCAGCACAUAAAGGAACUGAACUGCGAGACGGCUUCCUGCGGUAAUGUCACCUGCUGGCUGACGGAUGUGCACAUGAAAGGAGAGUAUGUCAUCAAUGUGACUACGAGAAUCUGGAAUGGGACUUUUGCUGCAUCGACUUUCCAGACCGUACAGCUGACAGUGGCUGCGGAGAUUGGCACCCACAACCCUCAGAUAUACGUGAUCGAAGACAACUCCGUCACGAUUCCUCUUAUGGUGAUGAAACCCAGCGAGAAAGCCGAGGUCCCAACCGGAGUCAUCGUGGCAAGUGCCCUCGCGGGAAUCCUGUUGCUGCUCUGUGUGGUUGCCGGUUUAUGGAAGCUCGGCUUCUUCAAGAGACAAUAUAAGAAAAUGGAUAAAAAUCCAGAGGAUACCGACGAGACCACAGAACUCAACAGCUGAGCCGCCCUGGGCGGACGUCACUGCCGUGGGGACUGGCAAUGUCCAGCCGGGGUUUGUGAGGGACGUCACAGCUUACUUGUUUAAAGUCCAGGGUUGUUUUUGUUUUUUUCUUUUUUUUAAAUAAUGUGGGUGAUCUUGACUGAUGAUUUGAGAAAAACCAUGGUGACUUUGGGGGUGAAGAAAUCCUGGGUCACGAUUAGGGGUAGAGAGAGUAGCCAUUUCACAUAGGGAAGAAAAAAGUAACCUUUACACCGGCUGGCCCAGGGUUUGCAAUUCUAAUGUGUGAGAAAAAAACGAAAUGUUUCCAGGCAUGAUAAGUUUCGAAGAAAAAUUAUAACACUUUCUCGGC